AUGGCUUCUGGAGAAGCCCAACUAGCGGAUAUGUUGGUCAAGUCAAACAGUACUGAGAUAAUCGUGCUAGAAUCAUGUCUUUAUGCGCUUAUUUUAUCAGCGUUGCUUUUUGGAAAUUUAAUUACUCUGUUAGUCCUUGUUUUGAACCGUCUAAUGAGAGCAGUUCCUAACAUGUUUGUGGCAUCGCUCGCUAUAACAGACUUGAGUGUGGGAAUUUUUGCAAGCAUUUUAUCGUUUUAUUCGGGAAUAACUUCCCAUUGGUUUUUUGGAGACGAAAUGUGCCAGUUCCAGGGUUUUAUAUCGGUAACUUUGGCAUUGGCCUCGAUUCACACAAUGGCAUUGAUGGCGGUG